AUGGAAGGUCCUGAAAUUAUGGAUAAAGCUGCUUGGACUAAAGAAAUGUUACAUGUUUUUUGUGACCUUUGCAUCAAGGCUAUCGACAUGGGAAUGAGACCAAAUACUCAUUUUGACAAAGCUGGCUGGAGUAAUGAUUUAGGAACAAUUUCUGCUAAUGAUGAGCGGUGGAAAGCAAAACUUCAGGAAAUAAAAGGAGCAAAAAAGUUUAAGCAAGCUGGUAUCGAAUCGUCUUUAUGUAUGAAGUUUGACAGAAUGUUCUCAAACAUUGUUGCUACUAGAGAGUAUGUGUGGGCACCAUCGUCUAGAGUCUUGUGUGAUAAUAAUGUUGGUGUUGAUGGCAAUCAAAAUGCCAAUGUGAAACAACUUGAUUUGAAAGAAGGAAGCGGUGAUUCGAAAGAUGAUGGAAUUCCAAAUUUCACUGAUGAUGUUUGUAACAUGGUUAGAGGGGUUAAUAUGUCCAGCAACAACAAUACAUGCAGCGGUGGUUAG